AUCGUGUUCGUGCAGCUCCGUCGUCUCCGUCAGCCUCGUCCAGGUGAGUUUAUAGACCACCGCAGCCUCAACCCUCCGCGCCUGCGGGGUCCUUUCUCGUCUUUCCCACACCUCCCAAUGGCAAACUUGACUGGCCUCCGAUUGACAGACACCGAGAACCAGCUGCUGGGGGCGCUAUUCUACUUCUACGCCUCCCUUCACUCUAUCGAAGCCUGCCAGAGCGUUUACCAAAGGCACGCUCCCGGCUGCAAUCGCGCCCGAGCCCUCGUCUUCGCCAACACCGCAGUAGCCCUCUUCUCCACCUACAAGGUCGCGGGCUCGUUAUGGCGUCUCAUCUUAUGAUCUUAAGCCCGUCUGCGAGAACGGCCAAGAUUCCCACCACGCCAGGCAAAUACUUGACCGAAGUGCGGAACGAGGCGUGCAACAAGUUCAAUCUAAAGCCGGACCUAUACACUCUUAAGUUCAAUAAUAAGCCCGUAACACUCUCUCAACAAAUACGGCUAGCAAAUCUACCUGGAGGCGCUCGCCUGGACCUCGUACAAGCUUCCCGAUCCCCGGCUCCCAUAUCUGUAGCUCUCCAGCUGCCAGAAUCCGAGAAGAACGUCCGCUUGACGCAGAAAUUCCCCAACAAUGACUCGCUGUGGAAAAUACUACGACAAUUCGAAAGUGGAUCUGACGCGAACCACAACUUCACUCAACGCGGCGUACCCGAAAUGAACGGUAUUCCGGGAUCGGGCUCCGGAAGGCUGAACCACGAAACACCUGUCAUAACUGUGAUGCCGGGUCAUCGCGAGCUGUCAACCUUUGUGGAACUUCAACAAACACUGAGCCAGCUUGGAUUCGAUAGCGGAACAGCGCUAUUACGACUGAACUUCAAGAAUAGCGGAACCCCACUCGAAGAAGCUAUGACCGAGAUCACAGAGUACUUCAAGACCGCUGAAGAACCCUCCGCGAGUACGCCUACCGCCAGUGGUUCUACUGCUGAGGCGACAGGAUUACCUCCAUCAGUUCCAGCUCCACAGGAGAAGGAACCUGAAGUAGCCGACAGCACUCCUGCUACUGACGUCCAAAAUGUGGCACCAGAGCCAAUGGAGGUAGAUCAAACAGCAGCAACAACUGGGCCCGAUGAAGCCACUUCGCAAGCAGAACCCAAUCCCGCCACAUCACCAAGCAGUGAACCGCUUCAACCAAGCCCAUCUACCGAAAUCAAGAUCUUUGCUCCGCCUAGUAGCUCGACCCCGCAAGCCGCACUGCGAGCAUACAACGAAGCCGACUAUAUUCCAACAAUAGAACACGCCAAAGCACACCAAGCAUCUCUACAAAACCGCGGCAAGAACUCCCGCCUACUAUCAGAUAAAGAGCUUGCAGAGCAAGACGCUAUUCGGAAACAGAAAUCUGAGGCCCAGAAAGGCGUCACAUUCCGGAUCCGUCUGCCAGAUGAGAGUCAGGUCAUGAUGACUUUCUCCAACUCCGACACUGCAAGCAAACUGUACGAAUCUGUACGGAAUCUCCUGGUGCACCCGACACAGCCGUUCCACCUACGAUACAUAGGGCCUAAAGGAGCGCCGCUCGCUAUGAAAAACGGGCCACAGCGUCUGGUUCAGGAUCUCCGAUUCUCGGGUCGAGAGAUACUGACCUUCCUCUGGGACGACAACGCAAGCAGUGAAGCACGAGCGUCGAAGAAUGUCCUCAAGCAGGAAUGGCAGCAGAAAGCUCAAGUUCUGCGUGUCGAAGAACCCGAGAUAGAUAAUCGACAGGAGGAGAAGCCCUCGACGAACAUUCUCGGUAUGAGGAAGACUGGAGGCGGCAGUACUAGCAAUGCGGACAAGGAGAGCAAGCUGAAGAGCAUAUUCAGCAAGGGUUUCUACAAGAAAUGAGGUAGAGUAAGAAAGCCAUGGCUGCUUGCUUGGGGGAGCUAUCAUGAGAUACGAUGGGCGUCUCAUAGCUGCAUAGAUGGUACAAUUGGCGUUGGAGGGUAUUAGUGUUUGUGCAGUACUGGUAGGCUAGUCUGUCUACACUUAUUCAACACCUUCUGAGGUGCUUCAAUACAUGUUCAUUUUCCAGACGAUGUGUGAGCUUGGUCGAAGCUAAUUUCGAGUGUCGUGAUCCUUUCCUGGUCUCUACUGAUCCUAGCAUGACUGAGGAGAGCCAAUACCUAGAUUUGACCAUAGCAUCUACCUG